UUCAUUCCCUUCUCGAGUUGAUGAAAUGCAUAUUGAUCAAUUGCCCGAUGACUGCUUUUUAUAUAUUUUCAAUCUUUUCAAUAAAUUUGGGACUCUUAUGAAUUGUGCUGCAGUCUCUGAAAGAUGGAAAUACUUGGUUCUCGAAAGAUUAAACAAUGUUAAAUACUUAACAAAUUCAUUACAAAGGGAUUGUUUUCCUGUCAGUACGCUAUACUUUAAUCGUGAUGACCGACUAGAGCAAAUUGAAAUAUCAAAAUGGUUUCCUAGACUCAAGAUUUUAGAUGUAGGUGGAACCCUUGACGUGGACUUCAUUUCUAAAUUGCCAAUCAAAGGAUUGUGUUUACUGAAUUUAUUUCAUGAUAGUAUUGUUCAAAACACAUUUGAUAUUCCAUCCGUUGAAAUGUUAGCAGCUCCAAAUUGUUAUGAUUUUUUUACAAACGAUGUUCAGGGACCGAAGCUAAAGCAGUUAUUCAUUUCCCAUUGCAAUAUUUCCAAGUUUUCCAGUUAUGCUAAACAUUUUCCAAACCUAAAGCGACUUCAUAUUGCUAACUUCCCUUGGUGCGCUGAAGGAGACCAAUUUUAUACUGGACCUGUUCUUGAAAAGCUAGAGAUUUUAGAAAUGAUUUUUCACGCAACUGCGGAACCAGAUUCGGAGCCACAUCAAUAUUACGGAUUCAGUCUUGCAGAUCAUUGUCCAGCUUUAAAAAGUGCCUUUCAUUAUAUUCAAACUGGUAAAGAUUUUUAUGUCAACAGUGGCAUCAAAAAUAAUUUCUUAGAAGAUCUGGUUAUUGAGUUUGAGGAAGAUCACGAUUGGUCAGUUUUAAGACGUAUUUUGAGCAAAUACCCAAAUUUGAAAAAUUUGGCUAUCAGAGGAGGCGGAGCAAUAUCUGAUGAAAAUAUUCCUGAACUUUUAGAGCUACUUCCUCGUAUUAUUCUUAUUGAAAUCAUGGUCUUCGAAAAAGUAACCAAAAAGUCAAAUGAAUACAUUGAUUGGUACUGUAGACGUAAUAAUCGUUCAAUUUCAUUCUACAAUUAUUAUCUACUCCGUUACCAAAAUAGAGCUGAAAUAUUAGCAAAGAAAUGGCCUCAUUUAUCAAGUAAACAUGUUCGUAUUGGUCGAGGAUUUGAUUUCAUGAAAUACUGUUUUCUCGUACAAUAUACUGAACUGCCUAUGUUACUUGAUCCUUGUUAAAAACAACAACGUAUUGACGGAAUAUUGAGUUACGCAGUGAUUCUUUCUGUAUUACAUCGAGAUUGUCUGUCUCCUUUGUCUUUGGACUCUAUGAUUUCAUCUUCAAAGACAAAUGCUGUACGUGUGCUUACGUCAACCCUGACAGUCUACACUGGCUAACACAAUGCAAAAAAUAUGUGCACCUAAGAAAAAAACCUCAUCUAUAUAUCCACGGAAUAUACAAAAACAGAAUCACAAUUCCACAACUCUGUAUUCCAAAACCAACAA